CGAUCGGGCAGCCAAGCAGCUAUCAAGAUCAGGAUUUAUUAAGCUCCCGUUGCGCCGUCCCCGCUCUAGAUCUUUUUCAUUUGCUUAACUUCCACGUUCAUGCAUUCUCCUACCAUCAUGCCCCUCUCGAAGUUUGUCCUCGGUUUGUUGGCGCUUUGUCCAGGCGCACUAGCACAAGGCCAAAGCGACCAAUCAACCCUCAGCGAUCUGAUCAUGGAUCAGAAUCCCCAGAGAAGCACAACCCAUGAUGUUACGCUACGAUUCGAUGACAUCGCUACCAUGCGCGAAACCGGAUCGAUAUCAUCGUACUCAUAUCUGAACUUCCGCGGAUUCUCUGUUGUGCAUGCUUUGACAGCAGCAAACCUCGGCCUUAUCGAACAGAACGCCAUAGACUGCGCCUCCUCAUCCCCCAACGCACUCUUCAGCCCUCAGACCAAGCAGCCAUGGAUAAGACCGCAGUUUGAGUCUAACGCAACCAGGCUCCGCACGGCCGGUCUCCUGCCAUUCUUCAAUCUCAAGGGUAUUUCUUACAAGCCACUUGGUGACGUCCCGCCUAAUCUGUUAAUGAAUAUCAACGCGUGGGAAAUCGUGGACUCCGAGGCACGGAAUGUGUACACUUACUGGAGUCCGUACAAACAUGGUGGCCAUCAGAAGAUGGAGCGAAUAGAGUUUAAUAUCUUUGGAGAUAAUGGGUGGGGAGAGAAUGUAAAUAUGGUUGAGAUCUUUGCGACGGCUCCGGAUGGGGAUGAGUACUGGGACUUUUGCGUUGAUGACUUGUGGAUUGAGAUCCUGGAGGACAAGGGGCAGAGGGAGGAGAUCUAGUUUGGAAUAGAGACCGGUUAUUAGUUCCGCCUGGGGCAGACCAGCUCAAAUCCCGCCCGCACCCAUACGGCUUCGCUUACCCCUGCUAACCCUCUUAGUUCUCGGAACGAUUUAUACAAGACGGCAAAAACGGCGGGCACGACGCAGCGUGGGCCUUGAUUCUUGCAGUUAAAGAUCAAAUGAAAGAAGUUGACCCCGAGGCCAGCCCGGCCACCAGCUACAAUAUCCGAG